AUGAGGAUCCACACUAGAGAGAAACCAUUCACAUGCGCUCAGUGUGGGAAGAGUUUCAGCAGCUUAUCAAACCUUUAUCAACACAUGAGAAUCCACACUGGGGAGAAACCGUUCACAUGCACUCAGUGUGGGAAGAGUUUUAACUGCUCAUCAAACCUUAAUCAACACAUGAGGAACCACACUAGAGAGAAACCAUUCAGAUGCACUCAGUGUAUGAAGAGUUUUAACUGCUCAUCAGACCUAAAUCUACACAUGAGGAUCCACACUGAAGAGAAACCAUUCACAUGCACUCAGUGUGGGAGGAAUUACAGCCAAUCAUCAUCCCUUAAGCGACACAUGAGGAUACACACUGGAGAGAAACCAUUCACAUGCCCUCAGUGUGGGAAGAGUUUCAGCCAAUCAUCAAAUCUUAAUCUACACAUAAGGAUCCACACUGGAGAGAAACCAUUCACAUGCCCUCAGUGUGGGAAGAGUUUUAGCCAAUCAUCAAAUCUUAAUCUACACAAGAGGAUCCACACUGGAGAGAAACCAUUUACAUGCACUCAAUGUGGGAAGAGUUUUAGCCACUUAUCACAACUUAAUCAACACAUGAUGAUCCACACUGGGGAGAAACCAUUCACAUGCACUCAGUGUGGGAAGAGUUUUAGCCACUCAUCACACCUUAAUCAACACAUGAUGAUCCACAAUGGGGAGAAACCAUUCACAUGCACUCAGUGUGGGAAGAGUUUCAGCCAAUCAUCAUCCCUUAAUCAACACAUGAGGAUCCACACUGGAGAGAAACCAUUCACAUGCACUAGGUGUGGGAAGAGUUUCAGCAAGUCAUCCUCGCUUUAUAGACACAUGAAGAUCCACACUGGAGCGAAACCAUUCACAUGCCCUCAGUGUGGGAAGAGUUUCAGCCUAUCAUCAUCACUUUAUAGACACAUGAAGAUCCACACUGGAGAAAAACCAUUUACAUGCACUAAGUGUGGGAAGAGUUUCAACCAAUCAUCAUACCUUAAUAAACACAAGAUGAUCCACACUGGAGAGAAACCAUUCACAUGCACUCAAUGUGGGAAGAGUUUCAACCAAUCAUCAAACCUUAAUCACCACAUGAUGAUCCACACUGGAGCUAAACCAUUCACAUGCACUCAGUGUGGGAAGAGUUUCAACAGAUCAUCACACCUUAAUUAUCACAUGAUGAUCCACACUGGAGAGAAACCAUUCACAUGCACUCAGUGUGGGAAGGGUUUCAACCAAUCAUCAAACCUUAAUCACCACAUGAGGAUCCACACUGGAGCUAAACCAUUCACAUGCACUCAGUGUGGGAAGAGUUUCAACAGAUUAUCACACCUUAAUUAUCACAUGAUGAUCCACACUGGAGAAAAACCAUUCACAUGCACUCAGUGUGGGAAGAGUUUCAACAGAUCAUCACACCUUAAUUAUCACAUGAUGAUCCACACUGGAGAGAAACCAUUCACAUGCACUCAGUGUGGGAAGACUUUUAACUGCUCAUCACACCUUAAUCAACACAUGAAGAUCCACACUGGAGAGAAACCAUUCACAUGCACUCAGUGCGGGAAGAGUUUCAUCCAGUCAUCAUCCCUUAAUCAACACAUGAGGGUCCACACUGGAGAGAAACCAUUCACAUGCACUCAUUGUGGAAAAAGUUUUAACUGCUCAUCACACCUUAAUCAACACAUAAAGAUCCACACUGGAGAGAAACCAUUCACAUGCACUCAGUGCGGGAAGAGUUUCAUCCAAUCAUCAUCCUUUAAUUAUCACAUGAUGAUCCACACUGGAGAGAAACCAUUCACAUGCACUCAGUGUGGGGAGAGUUUUAUUAACUAUUCAUGUCUUACAAUUCACAUGAGGAUCCACACUGGAGAGAAACCAUUCACUUGCACUCAGUGUGGGAAAAGUUUUAGGCAAUCAUCAUCCCUUAAUUACCACAUGAUGAUCCACACUGGAGAGAAACCAUUCACAUGCUCCCAGUGUGUGAAGAGUUUCAGUUGCUCAUCUCACCUUAAUAAACACAUGAUGAUCCACACUGGAGAGAAACCAUUCUCAUGCACUCAGUGUGGGAAGAGUUUCAGACACUCAUUAUUUCUUAAACAACACAUGAUGAUCCACACUGGAGAGAAACCAUUCACAUGCACUCAGUGUGGGAAGAGUUUCAGCCAAUCAUCAUCCCUUAAUCACCACAUGAGGAUCCACACUGGAGAGAAACCAUUCACAUGCACUCAGUGUGGGAAGAGUUUCAUACAAUCAUCACAACUUAACCGACACAUCAUGAUCCACACUGGAGAGAAACCAUUCACAUGCACUCAGUGUGGGAAGAGUUUCAGCCAAUCAUCAAACUUUAAUCUACACAUGAUGAUCCACACUGGAGAGAAACCAUACACAUGCACUCACUGUGGGAAGAGUUUCAGCAAAUCAUCAUCCCUUAAUGAACACAUGACUAUCCACUCUGGAGAGAAACCAUUCACAUGCACUCAGUGUAGGAAGAGUUUCAGUUGCUCAUCUCACCUUAAUCACCACAUGAGGAUCCACACUGGAGAGAAACCAUUCACAUGCACUCAGUGUGGAAAUCGCUUCAGCCGAUCAUCAAACCUUAAUCAACACAUGAUGAUCCACACUGGAGAGAAACCAUUCACUUGCACUCAGUGUGGGAAGAGUUUCAGCCAAUCAUCAUCCCUUAAUCACCACAUGAGGAUCCACACUGGAGAGAAACCAUUUACAUGCACUCAGUGUGGGAAGAGUUUCAUACAAUCAUCACAACUUAACCGACACAUGAGGAUCCACACUGGAGAGAAACCAUUUACUUGCACCUAAGCCACGGUUACACUGGACCUUUCUCCCCAUAGACUUCCAUUCAUAUGCACGCAAAUCCGUCAGACUGUAAACGAAAGUUUGUGUAUCAAGUUUUGCAGUUCACUGCGUUGCAGAGUUCAAGCUCGGUAAACUCUGACCUGCGAAAUCGCAUUACUUGACUGU